AUGGGCAACAUCGGCGGCGGCGGCGGCAACUCCUCGUCCAGCUUCGGCCUCAAGCGCGGCGGUGGAGGUGGCACGGGCAACAACGGCAGCAGCGGCAGCAGCAGCCCCAUCAUCUUCGCGUUCUGGACGCCGUUCCUGCUGCUCCACCUAGGCGGGCCAGACACCAUCACCGCCUACUCGCUGGAGGACAACGAGCUGUGGCUCCGCCACCUCAUCGGCCUCCUCUUCGAGCUCUUCUCCGCUGUGUCGUCUUCUUCUCGCUCCUCGCACGGCAAACCCCAUGAUCCACGCCACCGUGCUCAUCUCAUGACGGAGUUCGACUCCAAGAAGAAGGUCGGCCUGGUCGUCGAGAUCGACAUAACCAAUGGCGAGGCCGAGGAAGCACACAAGGAGAUGGAGAAGCAAGAGACGACGCGGCUGGUGCUGAAUACCGACAAGAGCGUGGAGGCUCGGGCGUACGAGUUCUUCCUUGUCUUUCGGCGCCUCUUCGUGAACCUCAUCCUCAGCUUCAAGGAGCGGCGGCAGAGCCAGGCCUUCUUCCUGGAGCGCCCUGACACGAAGGUGUACCUGGAGCAGCAGUCGCGGCUGGGAUGGCUGAAGAGACUGAUGGGCUGCCUGGCGAGGCUGAGGAAGGUCAGCAAGCGGUGGCAGACACGGCGAUGGUCGGGGAAGACCUCGCAGCUGAACCUCAUCACCCAUUCCCUGGGCAAGCCUGCCCAUGCCGGGUGCUGUCUCUGUCUCAGCAUGGUCGCCCACUUCCUGGGCCUCGACGACAUCGUCGACGACUUCGUCUUCAUACGCCGCGUUAGGCUCAACAAGAGGGACAAGAACAAGUUCUGCAGCUGGCUUCGCAGCUUUGGCAGGUGCAUCCGGGAGAAGCUCAUCAAGCCACUUGUUCCCAGGUGCUGCGAUAAGUCGGGUGUACACGACAAGGAGGACGAAACGGAGGAGUCACGUCUAUUGGACUUCAUCUUCGAUGGUCUCAAAGACUUGGCUCAGAAGCUGCAUGACAAGAAAAAGAUCAUGGAGGUGUGCAGCCACCGGGGCAAGGGUGUCGUCGACCGCCUUGCGCAGAAGAUCAACGAAAGGCUCACGGGUGACGGCGACGCCGAUACGAAGGCCAAGUUCGACCUCAUCAUGGACAGCGUGACGAGCAAGGACUUCGACGAGUCCCUGCUGCUGUGGCACAUCGCCACCGACCUGUGCCGCCACAAGGACAAGCAACCCGACAUGCUGUCGGAGACGGCGGGCAUCGGGCUGCUCCGCUACCGGGACACGCGCGCGGAGGCGCAGAGGUUCUUCGGCUCCAUGGCGGCGUGGAACCCUGACCACGACGACGCGCGGAGGAUGCUGCUCAGCGUCAACACCACACGGAAGCCUGCGGAGGUGAAGGGCGACCGGAGCAAGUCGGUGCUGUUCGACGCGGUCAUCCUGUCCAAGGCGCUCCGGGAGCUGGACGAGGAGCUCAUGUGGGAGCUGGUCACGGGGGUGUGGGGGGAGAUGCUGACGUACGCGGCGGGCAAGUGCCGGGGGAGCAUGCACGUCCGGCAGCUCAGCCGCGGCGGCGAGCUCGUCACGCUCGUCUGGUUCCUCAUGGCGCACAUGGGGCUCGGCGACAUUUCAUCACAGAAAGCAGUGGAUGCUCUUCUCCAAGAUUUAGAGAAGGACUUUGCAAUCAAAGAUCUUGGGAACCUUCACUAUUUUCUUGGCAUACAGGUUCAAAGAAAGAAAGGUGAAUUGCUUUUGACACAGGAACGCCAACAGCAACAACUACAGCCACAUGAUGUUGGCGUUCUGGACGCCGUUCCUGCUGCUACACCUAGGUGGCCCGGACACCAUAACCUUGUCGGCCUCCUCUUCGAGCUCUACUCCGGCAGCAUCUACGGCUUCCGCAAGAAGAUCCUUGGCCCCCCGGAACCUGGGCCCAACUACGCCAAGCUCAUGACCGUGUACGACUCCAGGGAGAAGGCCGGCCUCGCCGUCCAGAUCGCCAUAGCCGCCGAUGGCGAGGCCGAGCAGGCACGCAAGGAGAUGGAGAAGCAAGAGACGACGCGGCUGGCGCAGGACACCAACAAGAGCGUGGGGGCCCGCGCGCUUUCUUCCUCAAGCGCCAAAAACUUGAAGGCGAGCGAGGCGUUCGACGUGAUCGAGGUGGAGCUCAACUUCAUCUACGACAUGGUGUACACCAAGGCGCCGGUCGCCUACACCAGGGCCGGCUGGGUCCUCCGCUCCGUCUGCUCCGCCUGCCUCGUCUCCGCGCUGCUCAUCUUCUUCUUCCUCGACAAGCCCGGGCACCAGAUCCAGCGCGUCGACGUCGGCAUCACGUACGCGCUGCUGCUGGGUGGGCUGGCGCUCGACGCGGCGGCGCUGCUCAUGAUCUUCUUCUCCGACCGCGCCAAGGUGUACCUGGAGGAGUCGUCCCGGCUGCUCAGGUGGCUGGCGUGGCUGCGGCGGGUCACCAAGCGGUGGCAGAUGCGGCGCUGGUCGGGGACUGUCUCGCAGAUGAACCUCAUCCGCUACUGCCUCGGCAAGCCGGGCAGUUACAGUACUAACAGAGCCGGACGGCGGUGGCUCCACAGGGCCGCCGAGAAGCUGCACGUCGAGGACAUCGUGGACGACUUCGUCUUCGUCCGCCGCGUGCCACUUCGCAAGCACGACGACAAGCAGGAUCGUGAGGACUCGCCCCCUGUCCUCAAGUUCAUCUUCGACGGCCUCAAGCCAGCGGCGGAGAAGCUGAAAGGGAAGGAGGACAUCAUGGAGAUCGCCAUGCCACGGAGAUCAAGAAGGCCGGGGAAGAAUGACGAGGCGGCGCGGCAUGGGAAGGCCGAGGUCGUUGAGGACAAGUUCAAGGUGAUCCUGGACAGCGUGGUGCAGAGUGACUUCGACGACGCCAACGACGUCAUCGUGCCAGCGGCGGCGGGAGACGCAGGCGGAGAAACCUUAUCCCUGCGGCCUGUGGGAACUCUAAGCCAAAAGACCAUGGAGAUGCAGGCCAUCGGCGAGACCCUGUCGGAGUACAUGCUGUACCUGCUCAUCAAGCAGCCGGACAUGGUGGCGGCGACGCCGGGCAUCGGCCUGCUCCGAUACGGAGACACGUGCGAGGAGACGCGGCGGUUCUUCAGAUCCAUGGAGGCGUGGAUCGACGGCCACGACGACGCGCGCAGGAUGCUGCUCGGCGUGAACACCUCGGAGAAGCCAUCGGUGGUGAAGGGCGACCGGAGCAAGUCGGCGCUGUUCGACGGGGUCAUCCUGGCCAAGGCGCUCCGGGAGCUGGACGAGGAGCUCAUGUGGGAUGUCAUCACGGGGGUGUGGGGUGAGAUGCUGAUGUAUGCGGCGGGCAAGUGCCGGGGGAGCAUGCACGUCCGGCAGCUCAGCCGCGGCGGUGAGCUCAUCACCCUCGUCUGGUUUCUCAUGGCGCACAUGGGGCUCGGCGACAUGUACCAGAUCCAGGAAGGGGACGCCAAAGCCAAGUUCAUCGUCAAAGACCAGUAG